GUUAAGAAUUUUGCAAAGGAGAUAACCAAAAUCAGUGUCUCUGAGAGCUGGGUCACACGCUUCCUCAACUGUAACUGCAACCUCCUGACAAACCAAUGGACCUCUGCCAUGGCUGUUGAUUGUCACACAGCUGACUCCUAUGAUAAGUACAAGGCGUACUUUGACCUCUUA